AUGUAGUUUUUGUAAUUUUAAUUUUGUAAAUCCCUAAUCAUAUUAUGUCAUCAUUACAGGCGGGGCCGACGCUAACAAAGGAAAGUCCAAGAAAUGGAAAAAGAUUUUACAGUUCCCUCACAUCACUCAAUGCGUCGAUAUCAAAGACAAACUAGACAUCUCAUUCAAGUAUAUUAUAGAACAGCAACCGAUCGGAAGACUAUUAUUCAGGAGUUUUUGCGAUACUAAACCUCAAUAUAACAAAUGCAACCAUUAUCUCGAUGCUGUCGAAAGCUAUGAAUUACAGUUCGAUGAGGACAGGGCGGGUGUCGGCCAUGAGAUUAUUGUGAAAUUUUUAACCAAAGAGAGCACACAUUUUGUCGAUAUUAUUAAUGAAGAUUUAAUCACUCAAUGCAAUGAGAAUUUGCAUACAAAUAGUAAAGACCUCUUCGCUCAGUGCGCACAAUCAGUGAAAGAUUUCUUAUCGAAAGAACCGUUUAAUGAAUUUGAAAGAAGUAAAUAUUUUUUACGUUAUCUCCAAUGGAAGACAUUGGAGAACCGGACGGUUACGGCCAAAACGUUCAGAAUGUAUAGAGUGCUGGGGAAGGGAGGCUUCGGAGAGGUGUGUGCGUGUCAGGUGAGGGCGACGGGCAAGAUGUACGCCUGCAAGAAGUUGGAGAAAAAGCGUAUCAAAAAACGAAAGGGAGAGUCAAUGGUAUUGAUUGAGAAACAAAUUCUCCAGAAAAUCAACUCCCGAUUCGUUGUGAGUCUGGCCUACGCUUAUGAGACCAAAGACGCUCUCUGUCUGGUUCUGACGAUUAUGAACGGCGGAGACCUUAAGUUCCAUAUCUAUAACAUGGGGGGAGAACCGGGCUUUGAUUUGGAGAGAUCCCGGUUCUAUGCGGCCGAAGUGACCCUAGGAUUGGAACAUUUGCACAUUCAGGGCAUUGUCUACAGGGAUCUCAAACCUGAGAAUAUUCUGCUUGAUGAUCACGGACACGUCCGGAUAUCAGAUCUGGGAUUAGCGAUGGAAAUACCUGAAGGAGAGACUGUGAGAGGGAGAGUGGGGACAGUGGGCUAUAUGUCCCCCGAAGUGAUAGAUAAUGAGAAAUAUACGUAUAGUCCGGACUGGUUUAGCUUAGGAUGUCUUCUCUAUGAGAUGAUUGAAGGACAGGCGCCCUUCAGGGGCAGGAAGGAGAAGGUGAAGAGAGAAGAAGUGGAGCGUCGGGUGAAAGACGAGACGGAGAAGUACUCGAAUAAAUUCAGUGAAGACGCGAAAGCCAUUUGUCAAGCGUUACUCAAGAAAGACCCUAAAGAACGACUCGGCUGUACGAGCGGUCGGUUCGGUUCGUAUGACGUGAAAGCAAACGACUUCUUUAAAAGUAUUAAUUGGAAACGACUUGAGGCCGGAAUACUGGAGCCUCCCUUCUCUCCAGAUCCGCACGCAGUGUAUGCUAAGGACGUGUUAGACAUCGAGCAGUUCUCGACCGUUAAGGGCGUCAAUCUGGAUGCUAGUGAUGACACGUUUUACAGCAAAUUCAGUACGGGUUGUGUAUCGAUUCCGUGGCAAAACGAAAUGAUCGAAACCGAGUGCUUCAAAGAGUUGAGUGCUUUCGGACCCAAUGGUUCGCUACCCAUUGAUCUCAUGUUCGACUGCCCGCCCGUCGAAGAAUCCAAGGGAUGCUUCCCUUUCCGUAGAAAAGCUAAGAAAAGAGAUAUUAAGAGCUCUUAUUCGGCAACAAAUGAUCACUUCUCGCACUUGUCGUCGUCGGGCGCGGAGGCGAGAGAGCCGUUGACUCGCUCUCAGCCGACGCCCACCGCCGACAACACCAUAAACGCCACGAACACCACCACAAACACCAAUACUACCCUCACGUUCAACAGUUAAUACAUUUUUAUAUUUAUUUCUACUUAAACUCGACUCUAUUCAUAAGAAAACUAUAAUUGAUUUUUUGUCUACAUUUUUAACGAGAAAUUUGAGUAAAAACGGCCAAAAUGUUCACUCGAUUGUGUCAAUACAUAUCAUCACUCCAUUCAUUAGACUAUUUUCGUCAAUACUUUAGAC